AUGACCGAGCCGUUUGAUGAAAAAGACCUGGAAAUCCUAGAGCAGAUCAAGAAUACUUCAGAUCGACUCGUAGAAGACCAACUGAGAAAUGUGGAAUUAAUGGAACAAUUGAGUUCUAUUCCAGACAUUGAGGAUCAGAUAGAACAGGUGGUUAAAACUAUAUCUCCUGAUGAGCAAUCUAUGCAAACGAUUUACAACUUGAUUGAGGAAGAUUUGGCCAGUGUUUUGUCAGAAGUAUUCGUUGAAAGUUUUACCAUCCGCCCUACGGGAUCUCGAGUUUCUGGUUUACAGUUGCACUCUAGCGAUUUGGACAUGAAUAUCUAUUUCGAAAAAAGACCAUGUAAGGCAAGAAAAUGUACGUAUAGGGUUGCUGCAGCUUUGUCGGAGAGUGUAUUAUUCGAUAAUGUGGUGAACUUGAGCCAACCCAGAAUACCCAUUGUCAAGUGCGUACAUAAAGAAACAGGGUUGAAGUGUGAUAUGAAUUUCAGCUUUUUGAGUGGAUUUGAAAAUGACCAGUUGAUAAAAAAUUAUUUAUCAGUAGACAACAAGUUGAGAUCCGUGAUGCUAGUGAUAAAAUACUGGGCUCAACUACACGAAUUGACUGGUAAAGAGCGAGGUUUUUCCAAGUAUGCUUUGACAAUGAUGUUCAUUUUCUACCUUCAGCACGAACAUUCCUUCCCCAGUGUUUAUGAAUUGCAAGAAAAUACAGUUCCCACAAACCCUACUAUUAUAUGGAACAUGAACUUUGCGCACAUAGAGGAAACAUCUGAUAAAAUAAAAGAAAUACACUCAAAAUCAAUGUUCAGCCUUCUUUUCGGUUUCUUUAGUUAUUAUGAGGACUUCCUGUACGAUUCAUAUGUCAUUUGUCCUUAUUUUGGAAAACCAAUUUUCCCAGUCUUUUUAGUGGAUCAUAAUCUUUGCCAGAAACGUUUCCACCGCCAUACUAGACAAUUGAAACAGGUGAAACAGUUUACUACCAAACGCCCAAUUUGCGUUCAAGAUCCACUAGAACUUGGUCGUAACGUAACAUCGAUGGAUGAACUCAAUCUAUCCCGCUUCGUUAUGCAAUGCUUUACUGCCAGACAAAUUUUGCGCAAGGGCGGAAACAUGAUGAUCGAUUUAUUGUCACCUAUACAAGAGUUGAAGGAGUACUUCGAUGUAUAUUUAUACAUGACAACUAGCAGUGUUCAACACCACAAUCAACUUCUCAAGGCAAAAGACGCCUUAGUAUCAACCUUCGAUUUGAGGGAUAUCUGGUUCACACGAACAAUAAACUUCUGUACCUUGGUUUUCCAGAGAAUUCUUGGAUUGAAAAUAGAGUCGGAAGGACAUUUCAGAAAUAAUCACUCCUACACAGUUUCUUCGAAGCGUCAACCAUGGCGGAGUCAAGAUGUUGAUAUGGAGAUAAUCGAAGAGAAAUUGAAAGUGUGCACAAUUGAUUCGGAAGAAGAUCUAUGGAACAAUUCAUGCGUUGAGUCUUGCAGUUCUUGUUCUGAUGAACCUGAGUUUAGAUGUUCUGUUAUGCUCACUUCCAAUACAACACUGUCUUGUGUAGAAGUGGAGUUCUUUCGGAAUGGCUGUGAUAAAGAUAUGUUUUCUACUUUCGCAAGUUACACGUGUAGAAAUUUGUUGAAAUGGUUUUAUAAGUAUGAGAAUUAUAUGCCUGAAUGUUCAGAAUAA